UGCCAUACUGACCAAUCAGAACAGGUGUUGCAUGACGUUACGGAACUACACUUUCACAAGUCCCCGGAUAAUGGUGACUUGAUAACGAAAAUUAAGCGUAUCGAUGUAUGCUGAUAUAGGGAUGAAAAACAUUUGGUUAAGUACUGCCUGACAACUUACGGAUGGAUGCUGCUACGAAGAAAGACUCAUUUAUAAGUGAGCUGAAAGAGUUUGUCGAUGUCUGUCAAGAUAACCUCAACAAUGUCCUCCACAGGAUAGGAUGGACACCAGACAAUAUUUUGGAGCAUGAAGAUCGAGGUCUAUGUCCACACGACAGUAACCAUGUGAUGCCUGCCACUAGUCUGGAGAAGCAUGCUGCCAUCUGUCCCCUCCUGAAGAAAGGUUACAACAAAGAGGAAGCAACACAGCAACAACAAAGUAACAGAUAUUUCUAUGAAGGACUGGAAGCCAGGGUGCCAACUGUGAACAUUGAUCAGGAGACGGUAAACAAGAUUCUUUGGGACCACCAUGUGAAGAACCGAUCAAUAUUUUACGGUCAGAAAGAUGAUUGUUUGACCAGAGAUGACCAAGAGGUACAGCUGACCGCUGCAGAAAAAGCUGCCAUUUAUGAGUUUGUUGUGUCAAAAGCAAAGGAGGAGCGGGAGUUCACACCUCUUGAAGAUGAAUUCCUCACCAUGAAUCUCGAGGAAUUUGUCAAGAAAAAAAUAUCAGGAAAGGAUGGAGCCAAUGACAGUAAACCCGCCAACUACCUGGAAUACAUCAAAUCUGAAAGGGACUACAAACGCCGCCGACAAACGUACCGAGCCAAGAAUGUCUACACCACAAAGAAAUCCUAUACUGAGGUUAUCAGAGAUGUAAUAGAAAACCAGACAGAUCUUUUUGCAUCCUUCAUGAGUCUAGAAGACAAGGGGAGCACAGGACAGGAACAUGGUGAAGACGUUUCAGGAGCAGGAAGCUUGGAUCGGACAAAGGAUAGUGCUGAUCUUGCAUCUGAAGAAAUAUUUAUGGACAGAAGGAAAAGUUAUUCAUCAUCUAGAGGUAGAUCUAGGGAGAGAAGUAGUGACAAGACUAAGGAAUGGCAUUCCAGAUCAAGAGAUCAAGAGAGUCGCAGAUCAAGAAAUUUGUAUCAUGUUUCCCAAAGAUCUGUAGAAAGAAGUGGCUUAGAGUACAGUAGGGAAAGAGGUGGAGACCAGCCUCUGGAAAGGGACAGUUUGGGAGAGAUUGCCAGAGAGGAGAGACAAGAAAGGGGAAAAAGAAGGUCAAGGUCAUUGUCAGAGAGCAGUGACAGUGAAUACAGUAAAAAGCACAAAAAACAUCACAAAAAACAUAAACACAAACACAAGCAUAAAAAACAUAAAUCAGUCAAAAUAGAUCACAGUUAAAGUAGCUAAAAGUCAAAGUCAAAAUAUGUCACUGUCAAACCAAAAAUAGGUCAAUCAUAAGUCAAAAUAGGUCACAGUUAAGUAGGUCAAAGUCAAAAUCAUAAUAGGUCACAAAGUCAAAGUCAAAAUAGGUCACAGUUAAGUUGAAAUAAGUCAGUAGACCAGUUGGAUAAGAUCAGUCAAAGUAGACCAGUUAAAACCGGUCAAUGUCAAAGGAGACAACAUGCUAUGUAAUCCUUGUGUUGUUACUCUCUCCUGGCCUCCUUACAAAUAGUGUAUUGCACUGGGUGCUCUUCAUUUCAAGAUGAAACUGCUGAUCGAUUGAAGAGCUACCUCUAUCAGGUAUCUUGGAUCUGGCUUUCAGUGUUUUAUCACUACAGCAGAUGUUUGCUGUCAAUAGAUCUCAUUAACAGUCAAUGGACAACUCGAAAACUACAUUCUUCAUAUACACUUCUGGCAUUCCACAUAUCAAUGUGUAGGUUGUCUUUCUGGUACCUUUAUUCAGGAGUUGACAAAUAUGCUCAGUUUUCUUUAAAAGCUAGAUCCUAUUCCGUUUUAUUUUAUUGUUCUGAUCUUCCAUAUAGCAUGAUGAAAAUUGUUACAGUCGUAGCAUUUCUUUAAAAUUUCAGCUCUCUUUUGACUUACCUUUGUUAGGAAUUGGAGCUUUCCAUAUAUGCUCUGUUUUCUUCAGCAAUACCAAGC